UGUCUUUUGACAUAUAAUACUUUGACACUCUUCCCCUCAACCGAUAUCGGGCAUUGUUGGUUGUCUGUACACUGCCCCACCUCCGAUAAGCAAGCAAAGUGGGGGAUUUUCAACAUCAAGAACAUUAAACAUCUACGACCAAACCCACGAUACACAUACCUCACAAUCCAUACAAUGCCCUCUCUCCAAGAUAGCAAGCUCGCCUUCAUCGGCGGAGGCAACAUGGCCUCUGCCAUCAUCGGUGGCCUGGUGACCAAGGGUGUUAACAAGCAGAACAUCACCGUUUCCGAGCCGUGGGACGUCAACCGGGAAAAGCUCGCGGCCGUCGGUGUCAAGACCACCACCGACAACACCGAGGCUGGCGCCAAUGCCGAUAUUGUCAUCAUCGCUGUCAAGCCCCAGGUCACGAAGGGUGUCUGCGAGGAGCUGGGAGCAUCCUGGUCCAAGCGCACGACUCUGCCCGUUGUUGUCAGUAUCGCCGCCGGAAUCACACUCAGCAGCUUGGAAGAGUGGUCACGGACCCCCGAUGGACGCUCCGCACACGUUGUUCGCGUUAUGCCCAACACUCCCGCGCUUGUCGGUGAGGGUGCUUCCGGUGCUUAUGCUAGCGCCGAUGUUACCUCCGAGGAGAAGGAGCUCGUGAACGCGCUGCUGAGCAGCGUUAGCAAGGCUACCGAGUGGGUUGACAAGGAGGAGCUUCUCGAUGUUGUGACUGGUCUUUCCGGAUCUGGACCUGCCUACUUUUUCGCUAUGGUGGAGCACCUCAUUUCCAGUGCUACCGCCCUUGGCUUGCCCCAAGAACAGGCCACUCGCUUGGCUACUCAGACUUGUCUCGGUGCUGGCAAGAUGCUUGUCGAGUCAUCCGAUGAGCCCGGCCAGCUGCGCAAGAAUGUCACUAGCCCCAACGGAACCACAUAUGCUGCUCUGCAGUCCUUUGAGGCACAGGGCUUCAAGGAGAUUGUUGACAAGGCUGUCCAGGCAGCUACUUCGCGAUCUGCGGAGCUUGGCAAGAACUAGACUAGAUCUGGAGAGCUAAAAAAAGAUACCAGCAUUUCUAGACAGGAAUUAAAAGAACUUUAAUACCCAC